AUUAAGUUUACACCAUCUCUUGAGGAAAUUCAAGAGUAUGUUUUGGUACAAGAUGGAAACACUAUUCCAGUUUAUGCAACAAUCCCUGCAGAUUUAUUAACACCUGUUAGCGCUUACUUACGUAUAGCAGCAAAAAGUGAUUAUUCUUUUUUGUUAGAGUCUAUUUCUGGUGGUGAAAAACUUGAUCCAUAUAAAACAUUAAAGACAGAAGAUAAUGAAGGUGAUCCUUUAAUAGUUAGUGCAAAUCCAGAUAAUCCAGUAUCAAUGUUUUCACCAACUAGAAAACCUGCAUUGGGAAUAAAUUGGAGUAUUUUUCCUGAUGUUGAAUUGUUUUUAUCUUUUGCUGGGGAUGUUUUGGAUGAAAAUGGUAUGCCAUUACUCGUGCAAGAAUUUGAAUAUUUUAAUAACAAUGGAUUAAAAAUCUUGAUGAAACCAAGAAUAUGUGAAUUAUUAAAAUCAAGAAAUGAG